GUUGGCAGUGUCGGUAGCUGUAAAAACCGGUGCAUAUGUUCUAAGAUUGCUGAAUACAACGAACGCACACUUGCCAGCCGACGAGGGAGACAGCACGUGUCAUCUUGAAGGAGAGUUUUACCCUAUACCCAAUUACUGCCCCGAAUCUGGUGACCCAAGGGUAAGCGAGAAUGUAGGACUCGCGUCCAUGCACACGAUAUUUCACCGUGCCCACAACAGCUUUGCCAAUGGUCUGGCGAAGAUAAAACCCGACUGGGACGAUAAGAUGCUGUAUCAGAAUGAAAGAAAGAUUUUGAUCGGUGUUUGGCAGAACAUUGUGUUCGGGGAGUACUUGCCGCUGAUAAUUGGUCAACCGGCAAUAGAGAACUACAAGAUCGAUGUAACGGACACGUACAACGAGAAAACAGACGCGACAACUACCAACGAAGGUGGAAUAGCUUUCCGGUUCGGUCACUCAACCGUGAGCCGUUUGAUAGCUCUUCAGGACGAGGACUACAGCCUAUCUAUGCCGCCCGAAACCUUUAAAGACCACUACUUUUUGACUAAAUUAUACCACAUUUUUGAUGGCCGCGGUCGUGAGGACGUGUUUAGGUGGACGGUGGAUUCGGCAUGUCAAAAAAUGGACAGAGGUCGCGACCACGGUUUUCCGGGAUAUAACGCCUACCGUCGCUACUGUGGCCACGAUCCGGCAAGGGAUUUCAGUACGAUGCGUGGCGGACUAGUAAAUAUGGACAGUGACGUAGCUUCGCUGCUGCAGAAAGUCUACAGCUGUCCGGACGACAUCGAUAUCUUCACGGCGAUAGUAACAGAGCAAAGAAGUAACGGGGCAAUAGUAGGGCCACUCGGCCAGUGUAUUAUCGCGGACAUGUUUAAGCGUUUCCGCGAUGGUGACAGGUUCUUCUUUGAGCGCAACAACUCUUUUAUUGGCUUUCCUGAAAAUAAAAUCACUAAAUCAUUGUUGAUCUCUUCGCAGCAGUUGAAAGAAGUGCAUAGUUCUAAAAAGGUCUUUUUCUCAGCUGGCAUAAAGAUGGUUCAUUAA